AUGGCUGCCCAAAUGUCGCAAAGCGGCCAGCCGCAAGCGAUGGAAAAUGAACCUAACCCUUUGGCCAACAACUAUGAUGCCAUGAUGGCCAAGUUGCUACCAGUCGACCCGACCUUGGAGACGGCGGAUCAAUCCCACUUCACCUGGUGUUUACCAAACUGGACGAAAUUAGAAAAAACGGAACUGGGCCCGAAAUUUGAGUGCGGUGGAUCCAGAUGGCGGGUUCUCCUCCACCCAUAUGGAAAUCAGCAGAACCAGCAUUUAUCUAUCUACCUUAAACAUGGUUUUGAUGAAGGAGAACUACCGGUCCACUGGAAUGCCUGUGUCCAGUUCUCUUUAGUCCUGUGGAAUACCACUAGCCCAGAAGCCUACAUUUCACAACAGGCAAAUUUUCGCUUCACAAUUGACAACCCAGAUUGGGGCUUCACAAAGUUUUGUGAACUUCGAAAGCUGUUAGGCCGUCUUGGAGAUAAACCAUCGUUGUUGGGUAACGACGAGGCCAAUAUCACCGCUUACGUUCGGGUAAUCAGAGAUUACACCGGAGUUUUAUGGCACACGUUUCAUAAGUGCGCAUUCUCUUUGUCGACUACUCUGAGACGAUCUCUAAUGGCGCCAGCAGCUACGACUCAAAGAAAACGACCGGCUUCUGUUUUUAUUUUACGAACAAAUUCCGCAAGGUGGAAACACUUUCUGUCGGCAUUGCAACGCCUGUUCUACCAUUUACAAACCAAUGAUCAGUCGGCGUCCCCACUGGAGCUCACCAGAGCACUUGGAUGGGGCCCCCAACAUCUUUUUAUGCAACAAGAUGUCCAUGAGAUGGCUCGGCUGCUCAUGGAUCGAUUUUUGGAAGAACCUACUUUUUCGGGCAUCUUUCGUGGCAAAACUAAGAGUUAUGUUUCUCUUGACGGUGUCCAACAGUCAAAGAUAGAAAACUUCUGGGAUAUCAGCAUCAACGUCCAGAAUAUCCAAUCCCUCGAAGCAAGCUUGACAGAAUAUAUCCGCGAAAAUGUUAGCGAAGAGCACAGAGCGAACGGUAUUCAAAAAACUACUAGCGGCGUUAUCCUUGAAACCUUGCCCGAUGUUCUCCAUCUCCAUUUAAAGAGAUAUGCAUAUGACAUGACCCAGCGCCAACUCGUGAAAGUCAAUGAUUUCUUCGCUUAUCCAGAAGAAUUUGAUGCAUCUCCAUAUCUUUCAGCCGACACCGAUAGGUCUGAAUCAUGGGUUUACCGAUUGACCGGUGUUGUUGUUCACAGUGGUGGUGUCUACCACGGCCGUUACUGGGUAUUCUUACGCCCUGCAGCAAACAUGCCUUUCUUUAAGUUUGACGAUGAGCAGGUUACUCGUGCCAUGCUAAGGAAUGCCAUUGAAGACAAUUAUGGAGGGGAAGGACGGGUUACGAAUGCAUAUAUGUUAAUAUAUGUCCGCAAAUCAAGGAUUAAUGAUAUCCUUGCUGAUGUUACCACAGCGGACGUACCUGAAUCUAUAAGAAACGGAUUUCUACAAGAACAGGAGGCAGCCGAGCGUCUGAAAAAGGAGCAGGAAGAGCAACACCUCUACUUGCAAAUCACUCUGUCCUCAGUCACCCAGUUCCGUCUCCAUGACGGCUUCGACUUGACCAGCCCUAACGUGGGUAAUAGUGGCACAGCCACCCUACGCGUCCGUAAAGAAACAUUGGUUAGCGAAUUAAUCCAAAAAGUCGCUGAGAAAAUGGGAUUGGGGCACGGGCAAUGUACCCUAUGGAUCUGCAUCAAUCGCCAGAAUGGAACACGCAGACCCCACGAACCCUUACUUCGCACUAACAUUACCAUGGAGCAGGCAUACCUGGAUGUAGGAUUUGUCGGGCCCAACCCACAUAUAUGGGUUGAGACGAGCCCCGCUGGCACAAGGAUACCAUCCCCUGUACCCCAAGCUACAGAUGGAGGAGUCAUGAUCCUGAUAUUCAUCAAAAAUUUCGACGUGGUCAACCAGACUCUGUGCGGUGUCACAUCCAUCUACGUUCGGAAAGACAGCACAGUUCGCCCCCACAUCCUCACAGUAAUGCAAUGGCCAGAGGAUUCGAGAUUUUCAGUUCAUGAAGAAGUAAAACCUUCAAUGAUCCUCAACGUGGACCCUAAUUCAACCUUCGAACGGGCUGAACUGGGAAAUGGUGAUAUCCUCUGUGUUCAAAAGCUAGUGAAGCGCAGCGAGUACCCUCAUAACCUGCUAGCCAAAGAUGUUUCUCAGUACUUUGACAAUCUCAGAAAUGAGAGGAACAAACAGAAGUACACAUAAGCACACCUAAUUUCGCUUCACAUAACUUCAGCGAGAGCAAAAACUGAUAUUUCCGGGGGAAAUUGGUCGAAUUAUGUAUGUUGUUGUGGGAUUCGGAAUUCACAUUUUCCUACACUCAUGCUUCCCCGCCUAUAGGGAGAAAAUGUUGCAUAUAUAUAUUUCCAGAGUAUGGGAUUUAAUUAAAUACAUUAACCCCCUUCCCUCCUCCAUCUCUAGCAAUUCCCCUUUCUUUCUUUUUCUUUUUUUUCGCAUUUUUUGUUUAGGCUUUAUUCUCAUUAUUUAAACUUGGCUGUUUCGCUUU